GAGAACUUAGAGGCUGAGAACUUCCAUGGAAUUGAUGAGAUCAAUAACAGGAAAGAAAAUGUGCUCAAGCUUUGGAAUUACCUAUUCCAGCUUCUUCUUGCUCGCCGUGUCAGACUUGAGCUGUCCAUGGCGAUCCAGCGCAUAUUCCAUGAUAUGCUUCUUACAUUGGACCUUAUGGAUGAUAUUAAGGCACGUCUUCUAUCUGACGACCUUGGCGCCCAUCUUAUGGACGUGGAGGAUAUGCUUCAAAAACAUGCUUUACUCGAAUCCGAUAUUAACAUCAUUGGAGAGCGUGUGCGCAAUGCCGUUGCUCAGGCUCAGAGAUUCCGCGACCCAGAAGGUCCAGAUGGCAGUGGCUACCUGCCAGUGGAGCCAGCCGUGGUUGACGAGCGUUCAGCUAUCUUGCAGCAAAGAUAUCAAGAAUUGCUUGAUCUAGCUGCUCAGCGCAAGCGACGUCUCGAAAAUAACCGUAGACUUUGCCAGUUCUGGUGGGAUGUGGCUGAUCUUGAGAACAGCAUCAAGGAUCAGGAACGCGUACUCAGCUCCACUGAUACCGGCAAAGAUAUUGUGACGGUAUCCCAUCUUCUAGCAAAGCAUAAAAACGCGGAGAAUAAUCUCAGCGAAAUCGAACGCCAAUUGGAACAAUUGUCCAAAGAUGGUGAUCAAUUGCUGUCGGAAAAUAUUCCUGUUCUUCCAACCUCACCUGAUGACCGCUUCGAUGCGUAUCUUCUUGAUACUCUACGACUGGUUUCGAGCGAUGACGUCGGUAAGGACGAAGGCACCGUGCAGCUGCUUCUCAGAAAGCACGACGACGUAACUGAUGAGCUGAAAGGCUUCGACACGCACAUCAAACAGCUCUAUCAGAAGGCUGAAAGCGCUGCCACCGAUGCUAAGCGCUUACCAUUCGUUUUUUCACAUCUUGACGCACGUGAACAUCCGGACAUCAAAGAAAGGCUUGAUGCGACAGUCAGACGCAAGGCAGAACUCGAGGAUCUUGCGCAGCUCAGGAAGCAACGUCUUAUCGAUGCGCUUUCACUCUACAAGUUAUAUGCCGAUGCUGAUUCUGUCGAAGCCUGGAUUGAUGAGAAGGCCAAACUGUUAGCGACUCUUGUUCCUGGAAAAGACCUUGAAGAGGUUGAGAUAAUGAAACAUCGCUUCGACACGCUCGACCAGGAUAUGAAAAAUCAGGAAGCUAAGGUUGGAACAGUGAACGAACUUGCUCGCCAACUGUUGCAUGUGCAGCAUCCGAAUGCGGAUGACAUAAUGGCACGUCAAAAUAAGCUCAAUGCCCGUUGGGCUAAACUUCGCGAUAUGGUCGAUCAGAAGAAAGCUGAGCUCGAACGUGCUCACCGUCUCGAGACUUUCAGGAUCGACUGUCAGGAAACAGUUACAUGGAUUGAAGAUAAAACUCGUGUACUUGAAGACUCUGACGCUCUCACCAAUGAUCUCAGUGGUGUAAUGAAACUCCAACGAAGGCUUUCAAUGAUGGAGCGAGAUCUCGGGGCCAUCCAAGCCAAACUAGAUGCACUCCAUAAGGAAGCCGACUCAAUAGAACGAGAACGUCCUUCUGAGGCGCAAGCAAUUCGUGAAGACAUUAAACGUAUCCACCAUGUGUGGGAUAUUCUCAAUAAGAAAGUCCGCGAGCAUGAAGCGAAGCUCGACGAGGCUGGUGACUUGCAACGAUUCCUUCGUGAUUUGGACCACUUCCAAGCAUGGCUUACAGCUACACAGCGACAAGUUGCUUCGGAGGAUGAGCCACAGUCGUUAGCGGAAGCUGAGCAGCUGCUCAACCAACACGCUGCCAUUAGAGAAGAAAUUGAUGGAUAUGCUGAGGAUUACAAGAAGAUGCGCGCUAUGGGAGAUCGUGUCACCCAAGACCAGACUGAUCCACAGUACAUGUUCCUGCGCCAGCGACUUGUUGGCUUGCAAGAAGGUUGGGAAGAGCUCCAGCGUAUGUGGGAUAACCGACAACAUCUUCUCAGUCAAGGACUCAACCUACAGAUGUUCUUGCGUGACGCCAAACAGGCUGAGGUUAUGCUCUCGCAGCAGGAGAAUUACCUCACCAAAGACGAAGCUCCAAGCAGCUUAGAGCAGGCCGAGAACAUGCUCAAGAGGCACCAGGACUUCAUGACAACUAUGGACGCCAACGACGAGAAGAUUCGUGCCGUCGGAAUGUUUGGAGAUCAGCUGUGCCAAGAUGGUCAUUAUGCCGCCGAUAAGAUUCAUAAGAAGGCUCGUAAUAUCGAUGAACGUCGUGAGGCGAACCGUGAACGGGCGCAGGCGUUGCUCGCGAAAUUGAAGGAUGCACUCGCGUUGCAACAGUUCCUUUCUGACUGUGAAGAAUUG